AAUAAGCAAUCCAGCCCCGCCCUUGCUGCUGCAAGCCCAGCCGCACCCCAAAAAUGGAGCCAAGCCAACAAUCAAAAGAAAUUGAGUUAGUCAAAGAAAACCAGGAGCUAAGGGAUUUGUGUUGCUUUCUUGACGACGAGAGAAAGAAGGGCAGGAGGUUGGCCCAUGAAUGGCAGAGCUUUGGUAGAUACAUAGCUUCUCUUCUCCGGAACCAAGUACUAGAAUUCGAAAAUAAAAUGACAGUCUUACAGGAAAACCUUCAGAAACUAUCGCAAGAAAAUGCAGAGCUGAGAGAUUUAUGUCUCUUCCUAAACCAAAUGUCAUCGAUGGCACCUGCAAAAAAAGAGGGAGAUGAAUCAGGAAAUACUCCAGCUGCAAAACUAGAGACAGGGCAAGUGGAGACAUAUGCAGCUAAUGCUGCUUGUGCUGGCCAUUUAAAUAAAGUACUAGAAGAUCCUCCUGCGUAUACUGGUCAUGCUGGAGCGAAUGAGCUUAAAGAUGAGUCACCAAAGAUAGUAGAACCAACUCCAUCAAAAGGAGAAAGCAACAGCAGUGAAACAACUAACGCUUAUGUGAAAGAAUUAGAGAAACGUCUUGAUAGACUUGAGUCAGAGAAAUUGGAGCUUGUUAAAUCACUCUCAGCAGCUCAAAUGUUAGAAGCAAAUGCAAACGAAAACAAGGACUUGCCAGGCACUGUGUCAGAUGAAGUGGAGUUAAAAGAGCCACCAAACAUUAAAAGUUUCCUUGAACAUAUAAAGGAGAAUAAUGAUGAUACACUGAAAGAUGAUAAACCCACAACUCCUUUAAAUGCAAAGAAAGAUGCAAAUAAAAAAGAAAAACAAGACAAAAAUUAUACGCUAGAAGAUGUUAUGAAACUAUCAACAUUAUUAGACAUAUCAAAGAGACUGGAUGCAAUGGAAAUGACUGAUGGUAACUCACAGCCUCAGGAAGGCAUAGAGAUUGCAGCACUCCGCAUGCUUGUUAUGGUGGCAUUUAAAGAUUUGAAGUCAAGAGUUGAUGAUACUAGUAGUAGAAGAAUUGGUGAACUUAAGUCCAGUAGCAGUAAUACAGGAGUGACAAGUAGUCCAGUUACUAAAUCUUAUAAACAAGGAACAAUUAUACAAACUGAAUUAUAGAGUUAUUUCUGUAUGUAUUGUUUUAUUUUUGAUAAAUAGAUAUAUCGAAAAAUAAA